AUGACUGGGACGGAGUGUGCUGCUGGUAUCGGGGUCUCGCCAGUUGCGUUCACUCCCCCCUUGGUGCAGGAGCACACGACACCCAAGCAGCCGGAGCCCGGUGCUAGUUGCGAGGCUGCGAUCGCUGGUCCAACUGGGUCAACUGCGGCCACAGCACAGAAGCCGAAGCCCAUCAAGCGACGUGCACCAGUGGCCAAGGUGUCGGAGUCCGCUGCUGCCAGCGAGUCCACGGUGGUGGGAUCAACGGGGUCAGCUGCUAGGGCCACGACACCGACGCAAAGGUCCAAGAGACUCCCACCACGAGCUGGUUCGAUAGCAGUAGUUGCUGGGGCCCGGCCCACGGUCUUGGCAUCGAAUCUAGAACUGCUCGAACGCGCAAACGCUUUGAUCGGCUCAGAGACAAGUGACGCAAGUUAUCGUGAAAGCGAUGAGUCUGACGUAAGCGAUGUAUUCGACGAUAUGACCGAUGCUCAACGCGCAAACCAUCGAGAACAAGUGUUGGCAACAACGGCCGAUGUCAAUGUGCUUCGGGAGAACGAUCGCGAAAUAUACACCAGACUUGAGUCUGACGGGGCAUCUGAUGAGGAAUGCGACAGUGAAGACUCAUCUUUGGAGGAUUGGGCAAUGCAAGACACGCAAGCCCAGGAUGAUGAUACAAGCUCUGCGGAUGAGACAGACAACAUAAAUGAUGACGACGCACUUCUAAAGAUGGCAAAAAACCGAAACGAGAUUAAAUCCUGGGAGACGUCUGGGUGGGAGCCAGUUUCAGGAUCCAUGGAAAGAAACCCAGACUAUCGUGGGCUGUAUGAAGGCGCAUGGGGACUGACAGAUGACAUUCUCAAGAUCGCGGAGUCCCCAAUAGAGUUGUUCUGGGUUUUUUCCCGAAGCAUCUCCUGCACACGAUCGCGGAUGAAAGUAACCGGUACGCUGCGCAGAUGGUUAUUACGCGAGCUCGAAAGAUAA